AUGCCUUCCCCCGAACCAACCUCCCGACGAUCAUAUCCCUCCGAUCCACGCAGUCCAGGACGCCGUCAUCAUCGAAGUCGGCACGAGAAUGCGGAUUCGCAUUCCCACCGUCACCGACAUCGCGACCGCUCGCGCUCGCGUUCCCCUCACCGAUCUGACAAGCACCGAUCCGAACAUCGCCAUCGACAUGACAAGGAUCGAGGACAUGAUCGUGACCGCGAACGCCAUGACAGACGAGUCAAAAAGCCUUCCGCGCCAGUGGUCCUCCCGUACCAGGCUCGAGAGCUCGGGCGGCGGGAUCUGGAGAUCUACGAGCCUAUGUUUGCCAUGUAUCUAGACAUCCAGAAGGGCAAAUUCAUUGAAGACCUCGACGAGGACGAAGUCAAGGGCCGAUGGAAGAGUUUCACCGGGAAAUGGAACCGUGGUGAACUUGCUGAGGGAUGGUAUGAUCCUGCAACGUUGAAGAGGGCGCAGGAAAAUGCAGCAGAGUACGCGCAGCAAGAUCCAGACAGGGAACGAGCAUCGCCAGACUAUAACCGCGAUCAGUCUGCAGAAAAAGGAAAAGAGGCGGGUAGCGAAAUUCCGACUGCAGAAGAUGACGGAGACGAUGAUGACUACGGGCCGGCUCUUCCACAGCCUGGCUCGAUGAGAGCCAUGGCACACCCUGGUCCGACAAUACCAAAUAUGCAAGAUCUCGAUCUCAAGAGAGAAACCGCAAUUGAAGACGCAAUCGCUGCCCGUCAGGAGUCUCGCGACCAGCAUCGCUCUGAGGUCCGCUUCCACAAGGCGGAGUUGCGACAUCUACAAGAUGAAGUGGCUCCUCGUGCCGAGCCUGGUACCAGAGAAAGACAACUUGAGAAGAAGCGGGAGGCCGCCGCAGCUAACCACGCAUUUGCACAGGCGCGUGGAGGGUCUCCUGAAGCCGCUCCGGAGGAAGAGCUCAUGGGGGCUGGGGAUAAUGAUUUGGCUUCUCUCAAAAAGGAGAAGGAGCGAAAUCAGAGGAAGAAGAAUGAACGAGAGAUCCGGCGCGAGGAGAUUCUUCGGGCUCGAGCUGCAGAGCGAGAGGAACGGAUUCAGCAAUAUCGGGCGAAGGAGGAUGAGACCAUCGGGUGGUUGCGAACUCUGGCGAAGGAACGAUUUGGCUAA